AUGGAGCCAACACCUCCAUCCCGGCCAUUGCCCCAGCCGAAAGUGCCAGCGCCCGUGCCUUGGGCCAGUGCGCACGAGGUCUUUCAGCGUCCGAGAUCGACGGAUCCGCGACAGGAUACGAAUGUGUCGACGCCUCCUCCCACCCAGUGGUCUGGACCUAUGGAAGGUGCACGGCCAUCUACACCUUCAUCGCCCGCGCGUGAUGUGUACGAGCGGGCGGAGGCGAUUAUGCGGCGUGGUUCGCCCACGCGUGAUCGAGUCUCGCGCUCGCCCACUCGACGACGCCCCUUGCCUGUGCCGUCCGUUUCGUCGCUAGCGCAAGCGGAGCUGAUGUCUGAUACCCCCCCUCCUACCUGGAGUACCAUGCCAAGCAUCGCCACAAGUUCGUUGCCCUGGCUUCCACGACCCGAACAACGCGCGAGUCCGCCGCCGAGUACGUCAUCCAAGCCGCUGCCGUCGCCAGGCGUCGAUAGCGCACUGCCAGGCGUACCACCUCUGUAUCCGCCUACGCGGCGUGGAUCGCGGCCUUUGCCUACACCCGGCGUAGCGGCGCGAAACGAUGGCAUGGCAGUCCCUGUCACGACCUCUGCUGUGCAAACAGAGAUCGUACGACCUGCUACGCCCGUGUCGUCCUUCAUUGCCCCGCACGCUAGUACGCCGCCGCCAGGGCCAAGAUCGAUGCCCAGUAUACCUAUGUCGAUAUCGUCACGCAGUGCCACGCCUUCUCCGACUGUCUUGCCUGUCAUUAUGAUUGAGGGCGAAGUGAUGACCGACGAUAUGAUGGAUCCUAUGUAUGAGCCUAACGUUUAUGACAACAACAACAACAACAACCACGAAGACGAAGUGUCAGCCAAUAUAACGCUUAGUGAUGAGCCGGUGCCGCAGCAUGCGUCGCAUUCGUCAGCGGCAGAGCGAGAGACAUGGCAGGGAUCGCGUGUCUCGGAAGGCAUCACAUCUACCUGUCAUCGAUGCCAGCGGUGGAUUGGGGGAUAUAUGGUGCAUGCGCUUGGGCAUGCGUGGCAUGCGCGGUGUUUUACAUGCCGUCAUUGUGGGACGCUGCUUGAGCAUGUCUCGUUUUACGAGCAUGAUGGCGAGCCGUACUGCCACUUGGACUUUCAUGAGCUAUUUUCUCGGCGAUGCUACCACUGCAAGACGCCCAUUGUGGAUGAGCGUUUCAUCACGGUGGAUGCCCUGGGCGAUGUGCGUACGUAUCAUGAGAUGCACUUUUUCUGUGCGAGCUGCGGAGAUCCAUUUGUCGAUCCCAAGGACAGCGAUGAGUCGACUCAUUCGGAGGUGAGCAAGCCGUUCUUUGUGCAUGGCCACCAUGCGUACUGUGAAAAGUGCAAUCGGCGACUGUACGGUCCACGAUGCCAAGGAUGCCGGCAGCCGAUUGGUGAUGAGGAAGAAUACAUCGAGGCGCUGCGUGCGAAAUGGCAUCCCAGGUGCCUGAAAUGUACGCGAUGUGGCCAGCCCUGCCGUGGCGCGGUGUUUGUGCUGCCGGAUGGCUCGCCGUGCGACUUUGACUGCUACCAAGCCUGGACACGAGGCGGACGCAGCGGGCCUGCGCCGCCAGCCUUUCUUACCUGA